AUGAUGGAGGAGAACGGUGCACACUUCUUCGAAGGGACUGAGAAGCUACUGGAGGUGUGGUUCGCCUGGCAACAGCCCUCGCCGCAGGAGCCGCACCAAACCAAUGGGUCCGGCGAUCUCCGCACCAUCCCCAGGUUAGUUGCUCGCGAGGGGAGAAGGAAGGGAGCCAGAGGGGCCGACCGGAGUGGUGGCGAAAAAGGGGAAGGUCCGCUCUGCUGGAGGGCGGCCGGGCGCGGGAGAGAAGCAACAUGGAUGGGUUAGUGGCGAGAGGAGGGGGGGGAGCGAACAUGCCCGACUGGUGGCGCACAUGCACUGGCAAGAGGACUGCCGCGAUGCCGGCUCCGCUGGGCGGGAAGUGAACGAGGCUGAUGGCCAGCAAAGGGGAAGGGCAUGGCGGCUGCUCCAUUCAGAGCGCAGCUCGAUGUGUGGAUGAGUGUGUGACGGGAAGGAGGGACAGUGCGGGGCUGGCCCGACGGAGAGGGAGGGAUACGGCGGACAUUGAAGUGACGCGCUGAGUUUCGCCGGCUUCUCUGGGCGUUGACGCGCGGAGGGGGGGGGCACGAGAACGAACAACCGCCAACCGCCACCAACGUCCCUGCUCGGCACGCGCGCGGGCCUGGCUUCCAUGCACGGCCGUUGGCGGGCAGGCCUGCGUCCGAGUUCCAAGCAGGCCGCGCAGCCCUAGGAAAAAGUUGGCCGAGUGGAGGAACUUGGUGGUGGUGGGAAGAGCCGGGGUGACCUUGCACGGGCGAAAUGUGACCUUCCGCGCCGGUCCUUUUAAACGACCUUGCUAAAAAGGUGCCUUCGGGAGAGCUUCCGACUUCAGCUCAGUCCGCGUGGUUCCUCUCUUCCCCCGCCCCUGCUCUGAGGUAGCGCGGAGCGAUGCCAUCGCCGCCGCGUGUAGUCGUUGCCGGCCGCCCUAGUAAUGGUCGGGGCGGGCGGCGGUUGGCUGGGCCUUCGGGGAAGAGUGGGAGGCGCAUGAAACCUUAGCCGCGCGCGGGGCCACCGGCAAACCUGCUCGCCCGUGUAUAAGCGGCGUCUACGUCUGAAACGUAUUUCGUGUGCGAACUGGGCACUGCCCGCGGCUGAGAGCACGCAAGCUCGUCAUGGGAGAGUAACGUGACGGCGGGACACGUGUCUAACGCCUCCGCCUCCGAACGCUGCACCGGCGGCCGCCGUUACCCCGGUCUCGCCCCGGCGGGAGGGCGAGCGAGCGAGCAGCCUUGCGUGCCUGUGUCGUCUCCAUUGGCGCCGUGGUUCCAACCUGGCCUCGAUAAUCUCGGACCAAAUUCUGACAGAGCGGGCGCUUGGUUGUCUGUCAGCCCCAGAACUUGGCUUUGUGGAAGAGUUAAUCGAGUCUGUCAGCUACCUGUGAAACGACGCUUUUAGCGGGCCUUACUAAAUGCUGCGGAGCGUUAGCCCUCGCACCGUCUUGUGUUCAGCUUCUGACUGGGGCAGGUCUAGUGUUCUGGGCCACAUAGGGACGUUCCGGCGAGGAGAGCAGUGGCCGGGGCGGCUCUUAUUUGCGCGAUUGGCUUUUCUCCUAUUUGGGCACUGGGGCGGGGAGAGGCCCCUCCUAUCUUUUGAAAAAUGUGGCUGGAACCGAGAUCACACGUGAGGCUUCUGGCUCGCGCCCCAGAUGUGGUGGCCUCUCCUUCCCCAUUGACAAGCUCAGGCCAAUGAGAUUGCAGUAUCAUUUUAAGGGCUGGGCCUGGGCCUGUCAUCCAGUGGGCAUUUCAGGAAUGUGGAGGAAGCGCCAGCUCAGCCAACAGAGUAGUGGGGGGAAGGGCUGAGCCCUGCACAGCCUGAAAUGUACAUGUGCUUGCAUCUUCCUUGCUUUGUGUGUGAAAGGGACAGUUCUCCCUUGACUAGUUUUUAGUAGAACUUUGAAACAUUGGGCUUGUUAAGCAUAGGAACCAGAGUGGGAAUUAAUGACUGACAAGGUUAACUUGCUGAAACAAGACAGAGAAAAGUGAUGGGCAAGGGGAGCCCUGUUCAAAUCAAGUCUUCUGGAUAGCUCACACUUCUAUAAACUGAGCUAUUUGAGAAUUCAAAACACACCUGGACUCCUAUGGCAAAUUAUCUACAUUGUGGUUGCCAAUCUUGUUUGUCAGUGGUAUUAAAAUACGUUUUGGCCCAACAUUGGUGAAACAAUUUUUUGUAGUUUUGGCUAUUGCAUUGAAACAUUUAAUCCUAAAACAAGUUAAUAUCCAAUCUGAUCAACAUGUAGUCUAGAAACAAGUACCUGUAAUAUAGUUGAGGUUAUGAAACUUCCUUUAAGACUUAUACUUUUUAGGAGAUUCUCUAAACCUGGUAUGUUAAAAACAGAUUUUUAAAAACAGUACCUGUUGUUGUUGUCGUAGUAAUAAUAAUAAUAAUAAAUUUUAUUAUUUAUACCCCAGCCAUCUGAGGUUUCACCUAUAACUUGGAUAUAAUAGUACUGGAAACAAAUACAACUUCUUUCCUGUUUUAUGGAAGUCUAGAGGAGCAGGUGCUUGCCCCUCAUAAAGAGGCAUAAAUGAAAAAUGUAAGCACCUACCCAUGCAUAUGAGCAUUUCAAGUGUGUCCCUUUUGUAUAUGAAACACCCCAAAGCUAGGACAGAAUCGACGGCAUGCAAACCUCUUAAUAAACACAUUACAUCCAUCUCCCCCUUGUUUGCAGUGUGUUACCAGUUGGCCAGAAAUCUAAGACCAUGGCAGGUUUCAGAAGUCAAGAAUACUAGUACAGAAACUUAAGUUAAAUCAAGCCAACCAAUAUCUACACAUAUACCUUAAAAUUUCACAUAGUUGACGGGCAGGGGCUGUUGUGGAUCACUAGUGAAGUUUAUGUGUACUAUGAUUCCAGGGGGUUGGACUAGAUGAUCCUUUGGGUCCCUUCCAACUUAAAAUUCUGUACAACAGUGGUACCUUGGUUUAAGAACAGCCCUGUUUAUGAACUAUUCGGUAUACAAACCGGAAGUAGUUACCUCGGUCUAGGAAUGGAAGCCAAAUGGUGGAAGGGCACCGGCGGCGGGAGGGCACAUUAGGGAAUGUGCACCUCGGUCUAAACAUAACCAGGGUUUUACCCUUGGCACUCUCUCCACGUGUGCUCCUCAGCAACAGGUAUUCAGAGGCAUACAGCCUCCAAUACUGGAGGUAGGAUCUAGCCAUUGAUAGCCUUAUCCUCUUAAUUUGUAUAAUCUUCUUUUAAAGCUGUCCUAAGUUAGUGGUCAUCACUACAUCUUAUGAUAGGAAAUCCCAUAAUUUAACUCUCUACAAUGUAAAGUACUUCAUUUUGUCUGUCCAGGAUCUCUUGAUAGUUCUUUGAACUGGCUCUGAUUUUAAGGGAGUGGGAAGGUUGAUGUACAGUAGCAGCCAUCUUGAAACAGUUUUUUUGCUUGAACAAGCUCAAAGUACACCGUAAGCCACCCCCAACCUCUCUCACCACAAGUGCAUAGUAAGAGAAUCCAUACAAGUAACACUGACACAGGCCCCCCUAAGUAGAAUAAUAGAAGCAUAACCACCUGACCCCACCCCACUCACCAUUCCCCCUCCUCCUCUUCCUUUCUUUUUACGUCUUCUUCCUAAUUGUUUUAAACCAAUUCAUGAACCAAAAACUUGUGUACAUUGACCACUUAUAAUGAAACAUAUGUUGUAGAUAUUUUCCCACAUUUAUUAUGCUAUUUUGACAUGACAUGAGAAAACUUGGUAUACUUAUUUGUAUAACAUUAUUCUUGUUUAUAAAACCCACAAUAAUAUAAAUAAAUAAAUAAAUAAAUAAAUAAAACAAGUGCAAAGUACAAGGCAGCAGAGCAGGAUGGACUUAAAUCUGUUGCCACUCUUCUGCACUUGUUUUGUGGAGGAGAAAGCAUCACAUUUUGCUUGAUGCUGUUAUAGAGCAGAUAAUGUUGAUGGCAGGGAGCAGAACCUGUAGUCACCACUUACAGUUCACUUGUCUUGAGCCUGGAGAAGGCUACUGGCUGUGUCUUGGAGCGUUUUGGAAAGCAGCAAGGCUUCUCACUGUUUGCUGAGUCUUCACUUCCUCAGUUGGUGUGAGGGGGAUUUGUGCCUGCAGUUAUGCAACGCUAGAGGUACCGUUGUACCUCGGGUUACAGGUGCUUCAGGUUACAGGUGCUUCAGGUUACGGACUCUACUAACCCAGAAAUAGUACCUCAGGUUAAGAACUUUGCUUCAGGAUGAGAACAGAAAUUGCGCGGCAGCGGGAGGCCCCAUUAGCUAAAGUGGUACCUCAGGUUAAGAACAGUUCAGGUUAAGAAUGGACCUCCAGAACGAAUUAAAUUCUUAACCUGAGGUACCACUGUAUUCCCAACUGCCUGGGAAGUUAGUGUGAUAUCACAGACAAGACCCAUCCUGCAGCUUUGUUAGUCAACCACCAAUAAGUUGUGGACCCCUGAACAUUAUGGUUCUGCUGCAGUCAAAGUUGUUAAAAAGUGUGAGCCACUGACUCCUGCUUCUUAUGGGUGGGUCAUUAUGCAAAGAAGGAACAGAGAGGUUGCAUUAUAAAGGAAGGAAGUGCACCAGCAUGUGCAAUGUGGUCCUCACUAGCAUAAAGUUCUCUCAAUUCCACCUCCUUACUAAGCAAGAAAUAUGGUGACCCCUCAUCCUAUUGCUCCAUCUGUAACUCCAGUGGAGCAGCAUGUUCUCCCCCCCCCCCCCCAGCAUAGCAUUCCCUUACUUUAGAGCUAUUCAUAAGAAAACUGUCCAAAGGAAAGCAGAGCAAUGCAUUUGGACCAGCUUGAUUGCAGGAGUUGCCAGGAGGUGUACAAGACAUCUUAUGAGGACUCCACUCUGGAUUUGUGUAGGAGUUACUCCUUAGAUUUUUCUUUUCCCAUAGAUGUUUUGCAAGGCAGCAGGUGCAGAUUUUUCCUCAGGUUUUAGUCCCGGAGCCUUUUUCAUGGAUGAGUAUAGCUGCAAGGCAGUGGAGGUUUAGGAUCAGUUUCCUUUCUCCAGAUCUUAUUUAGUAAGUGCUGAGCAAAUAAACAGAACUUAAGCUUACUGUCUGCCAAGGCAUAUGUUGGAAGCCAAUAUGUAAAUGGAACUGAUUCCAAAGUGUUAUUGGGAUAUAGAAUGAGGCGUCUCAUAGAACUCAAAAGUUCUGUGUAAGACAAGAAAAUAAAAGGCUUUUCCCUCAAACAUGGCUAUUCAGAAUCCUCCUAGUAUUGACAAAGGUUUGUUACGUUAAAUCAAAACCUAAUUCUUACUGAAAAAAUUGGUACAGUUGCUCAGGCAAAAGUAAACCUCUUUCAUAAUUGUGAUCUAAAACACUACCAGUCUAUGAAUAGUAAGAAAACUGGUAAGGCUAAAAAGAUGUCAUUUGUUCUAAAUACUGCAGUAGCAAACAUGCUAGUAACUGGAAGCCAAAUGCUUGUCCAAACAUUCUGAUAGAAAAAACUAAGUCUAUCAUGCUAUAGGCAGCUAUGACUUAGUUGUGUAGGUUAUGUGCACAUUUGAUGGUGCUUCAGUAUUUUUUUGGUAUUCCAUUAAGUUAUCCUAAGGGUAGGGUUGCCAAACUCUUUGGGACUGGGCACACAUUUGCAAACUGGAGAAACACUCAUUGGUACACAACCAUCUGCUACAUAUAUUUCUAAAACAGUGGUGUAUAUCUGACCACUACAUCAUGUUAAUUACAGCUACUUUUAUUGACACUAUUUUAUUUUGCUUUUGUAUCUCUUCAUUGUACUGUAUACCAUUUGCAUGCAUUCUGUUUUACUUUUAGAGGGAAUGACAUUCAGCCAUGACAAUAAUUAAUAAUUAAGGGAAUAUUGGAAUUGGUGCACUGGACAGUUGUCAUAUUACUUGUGUUUCUGCUUCAUUCUGCCUUGGCACAUCCCCCCCGCCAAAAAAGCAAGCAAAAAUAAAUGUCCAUGAUUGAUAGUUAAUAAGCAGACAUGAGUAGUUUAUUUUCAUGUAGUGCAAAAGAAAUACCUAUGUUUGGUAGGUAGAGGUGUACAUAUUUGUAUAUGAGAAAUAAUCACUUUAAUUAUUUUACAUAGAAAAAUCUCAUUUUAACUCAAAUGUACCUAAGAAAGGCACUUAUUCAGUUCAGAGAUCUCUAGGGAAAACAUUAAUAUUAACCUAGUGGUUGUUCAAGGAAAUAGUUUAAAAUAUAUUUAAGAAGCACCUUAAAAUUAAAUUUUAAAAUGAGCCUUUAAAAGCAAUUUCUUUAGCCACCAUGCCAAAACUUCCAUUUGGUAACACUUUUGUCUAAUUUUUGAGACAAUUUUUCAUACUUCCAGUUUGUGACAAACCUCAUAACUGAAUGAGACUCUGUUUUAGUUCUUUCUGUGUCCCGUCUAUGGUGAUGUUUUCCAGGUUUGCAAAAUGUUUUCAAUGUGCUGUGAAGCAUGGCUUGGACUAUAAAGCCUUGAAAGAUGCACUUGUGUUCACCAGAUGGCAGUGGCAGAAAGCUUGUGGUCCUUCAGAUGUUGCAUUCCAACUUGCAUGAGCCUCAACCAGCAUGGCCAAUGGUCAGGGAUAGUUGAACAACAUCUGGAGGGCAACAGGUUCCUCAUCCAUGCCAUAUAGUGUCACACUGCAGUGUGUGAGGCCAUAGCCAGGCCAGAAACAGGCUCCUAUGCUGAAACCUCAGGCUUUAUUCUGCUUUUGCAGCAUUCCUAUAUUCUAAUUCUAAAGGCAUGUGAUGGCUUGUAAGUGGUAAUACUCAGAUACCAGUAGCUUUGAGUGCCCAAAUACUAAAAUUAACACACAAAUGUUUCACAAAAGAAAAAAUGUUUUGCAACAUGUUGAAUUGCAAUCUACUAUUACUCUUACAUCUGUGGCUUACAUCUAAGCCAUGCUGAGGCUGGUCAUUAUGUUACUACUCAUGUACCGUAUUUUUCGCUCUAUAGGACGCACUUCCCCUUCAAAAAUGAAGGGGAAAUGUGUGUGCGUCCUAUGGAGCGAAGAUGCCAUAGCCCCGCGACCCUCUCCCGGCUGGAGAGGUGACGCGCGGCUAUGGCAGGAACCUCUACAGCCCCGUGUCACCUCUCCAGCCGGGAGAGUGCGUGCGCGGGGCUAAAGCAGCCCCCCACGACCCUCUCCCGGCUGGAGAGGUGACGCGCAGCUAUAGAGGCUCCUGCCAUAACCGCGCAUCACCUCUCCAGCUGGGAGAGCACGCGCGGGGCUAAAGCAGCCCCCCACGACCCUCUCCCAGCUGGAGAGGUGACGCGCAGCUAUAGAGGCUCCUGCCAUAGCCGCGCGUCACCUCUCCAGCCGGGAGAGCGCGCGCGGGGCUAAAGCAGCCCCCCGCGACCCUCUCCCGGCUGGAGAGGUGACGCGCGGCUAUGGCAGGAGCCUCUCCGCUGCGCCUUUCCGCUGCUCCCUGACCUGCUCUUUGGGGCUGGUGGUGGGCUUCCCCCCGCCAGCCCCAAAGAGCAGGUCGAGGAACCUGAAGCCUGGAGAGCGAGAGGGUCAGUGCACACCGACUCCUCUCGCUCUCCAGGCUUCCAAGGUAGCCGCCUGAACGCACCGUAAUGGCACCUUGUUUUAGAGCGGGAAAACAAGAGGGGGAAAGUUCUCCCCCUCUCUGUGCAGCACCUCCUGCUGCUUCACUGAAGGGGCGCUGGGCAGAGAGGGGGGAAAUUUUUUUUUCUUGUUCUCCCCCCUCUAAAACAAAGUGUGUCCUAUUGUCCGGUGCGUCCUAUGGUGCGAAAAAUACGGUAGUUAAACAGAAUCUACAAAUCACUAAGGAAGGAAAAUAAGGCAUUGGACACUACAGCUAUGGACUUGUUUGUACUACCCGUUUAUGACUUGAAAUAGUAAUGUUGUAGUCGUAUUGGAUUUCUGCUUGAAUUAAAAUUUUAAACUUUAUUCUCCCUAACAGGUUUGAGUGGGACAAACUUUUGGAGAAUGUGCAUUGUUUGAUCAUAAGUGUGACAAAAACUGACAAGCAGGAAGCUUAUGUACUCAGGUAAGCUCACAAAGGUUAAACAUAGCUUUUUAGAAACAAUCUUAUCACUAAGGUUCAAAGUUAUGUAUUUGUUUGAUAGGUCUGUUGGCUUUACUAGUCAGGUAAGAUCUUGGUGGUCCAGUAGAAAACUCAAUGAAAACAUGAAUUUGUGUGCUGUGGUUGUAAAUGAGGGAAAAGUCAGUGUUGAGAAAUAUACUUACUAUUUCCAGUCUGUGUACCCACUUAUAGUGUUUUAUGCAGUUCUGAUCACCACAGCUUUUUUUAAUUAAAAAAAACCCUUUAUAGUAUACUCUGCUCUGCUGAUCAUAGACAUCCCUGUACACACGGAGGCAACCCUCUGCCAUCAGUUCCAAAUCUAAAUGCUUGCUUGAAAAAACAAGCACCAACUCAACUCUGCAGCUACCCAAAUGGUCUCCAAUUGGAACAGGUGGAUGAUUCUGAUAAAAUUAUGUUGUGUUUUGGGCUGCAUAUGUACUAUGGUAUAAAUAUUGUGAUAGUCUUUUAUUGCCACCUCUUGGCUACAGAUAGGGUAGAGUUGCUUGGAUACUCAGGGGAGGGGCACCCCAAAACAGCCCCGUUAUGAGUUUUGUUGGAGUGUGUAGCUGUGGAGAAAAGGAGCCUACCCAACUCCCUUUUUGUUACAUUUUCAUGCUAUACUUAUACCGUAUGAGAAGUUCAUCCGAACAUUCUAAGGCUAAGUGCAGUCUUGUGGUGGAGGUUAAGUCAAGAAUACUGAUUUGACCAAAGUCUGAUCAUUAGCUUUGUAGUCAAGUUGAGAUUUGGAUCUGGUCCCAACACUGAAGCCUCUUUACCAUGCUGGUUUUCACCAAUGCAGAAGUCUUAAACUGUUUUGGCAUAAUUAUUCAUUUCAUUGUAAGGGAUGGCAAACUAGAUGAGAUGUUGGAAGAUUGUGAGUGGAUUGUCUGUGGUGUUCUUUCUAAGAGGAAAAUGCAGAGGAAAGUCAGAUCAGAAUGGCAGUACUACAGUGGGUGGUAAUCCUUUUCAACAUGCUUCAAAUUCAGUAUUUCAGAAUUAAAUCCUUUCCCUUUGAAACUAAUAUCUGUCUGAUGGUGGAAAACAUAUAUGCACUUUUUUUUUCACCCUGUGGGGCCAGUUGCAGUUGUGGAAGGGAUGAUCUUAAGUUGGGAAAUGGUAUUGGGUAGGGAAAAGUCCUCCUUCCCCCAGCAGUGCAGCCCUGAUCAGUUGGCUCUGUCUCCCUGCUCUCGGCAAAAAACGUUUGCUGUCAUUUGUGAGAGAUGUGAUAAUGUCUCUUCACAUGGUAUGAACCCAUAGAUAGACCCAUAGAAAGUUUUGUGGUUGCUGUUCAGGAGAAAAUUAGUGUUACUGUCUAAUAUUCUAUAUGCCUACUUCAUCAGCCAUUAGUAACUGUGUUUAAGAUGGUAUAUAAUGCUGUCAUUGUAUUCCUUCCCUGUAUUUAAGACAACCACAAAUCUGCAUAUUGAGGACAUAGACCUUUACUGUUAGAAGCUACCUUCUCUCCCAACAGUGAGGGGAGCAAUUUGUCAGGUCACAAUGUUGAUGCAGGCAAAAGUACUGCAGGAGAGCUGUAGGCUUCUGCCUGAUUCAAAGCCCAUUGUGGAAUGAUACACCCCCAUCCAAUCUUUAGGGAACAUUCCCAGGGAUGUUUCCUAAGAACAGCUUUGAGUGAACCAAAUCAGUUGACAAAUAAAUUGAUUUUCCCAAAGCUACCCAGGCAUUAAAUGUAACACUACCAAUUGUAUUUUGUUUUUCAGUGAGAGUAGCAUGUUUGUCUCCAAGAGACGUUUCAUUUUGAAGACAUGUGGUACCACCCUCUUACUGCAGGCACUGGUUCCCCUGUUAGAGCUUGCUAGAGAGUACUGUGGGUUUGACUCGAUUCAGGUAAGAUACCCAGAAUCUCAUCCUUACGUUAUAGCUGCAUUGAAAGGUAUAUUAAUUUCUUAAGUGUGGUGGUGGUUUACAUAUUUAAGGAAGAGAAGUGUAGAGUGCUAGACCUUGUUUCAGCAUUGUUUCUAUGUUUAAAGCUUCAGCAGACAUCUUAUAGAAAUACAUUGAUUCCUGGAUCCUGCACAAGAAUAUUCUUCAUAUUAAUGUGUUUUUUGGAAUGAAUACAACAUCUCUCACAAACCAAUACCAGCAGGAUGGCAACCCAUAUUGCCUUUACACAUGCAUGUUCCAUAAAGUAACAUUGCCUGUGUUUUUAUGUACAAGCAGAAAAAGCUGUGGGAGAGCCAGGUCAAAUUCACCUUCUGGUCAAAUGCACGACAAAAAGUUGUUCUGGUUUGGUCAAAGAUAGUGCAUGAUGUUCUUAUCCAUCAGUAUACCAUAUGGAUGCCCUGUAGUGUACCCUUCAGUUAAACAUGGCUUGCUGGAACAUGCACAGUUCACAACUGUACAACAGAUCUAUUCUACCCAGUCCCUUGCUUCAAAAGUUAACUUUACUUCUGUGUGAUCUUAAUCUACAAGUUCUACUAAGGUUCCUGAGCACUAUUGUCUGCAUGGCCUCUUUUAAAGACUAUUUAAGCAGUUGGAAAUAAUGUACUCAUGAAAGUAUUUUUCUGUAUUUACAAGAAUAGUGUGUGGCACAAUAUCGCCUUGUUGUGUGGCCAAGCCACCGUAAUGAAUACAGCAUGUAAUAUGUUUCCUUAUCCUUACCCUAUCCCUGCCUGGCACUGGGCCUUGAAUUGUAGUCACAGCAUGUAAAGAGCACUCUAGGGAGAGGCUCUAGAAACACUCCUCUUGACAUCCUGAUGGUCAUUUUCUCUCACUGCACCUUGGAAAUUGGCAAGCAUAUUGGUAGUGCUUUCCAAAAUAAUCACUUUGUUAAUGUACACAUCAAAGUGCACUGUAACAUACUAAAGCUAUUUCAAUUUAUAUGUGCUUAUGGGAUCUCUGAAUAGCACUAAUCCACAUUGAGAGGAAGCAAUACAUAUUAAGAUAGUGUUCUUGGCUAGCAAAUCAAUUCAUUGUAUCUUGUUUGGGGUAGACAUUUGUGUAAGCCUAGGAUUUCCAAGCUGCAUAAUAGUAAAGUAGAUUGAUGGUGUAUCAAAGCAGCAAAACCAAAUGUUGGUAGCUAAACAGGUAAAACUUUGAAAGGCAUUGGUGGGCUACUGAAAUUAAUACCCAAUACUGACAAUCAAGGUCAUGGCUUCUGUGAGCCCUUAUCAUUGGACUCUCCUUUAUUUGACUCAGUGAAGGGAAUAGCUUGGUGUAACAAAAGUGUUACCAGUUCUUCUGGUGACCCCCAACCCCUGCAUUAUCUAUAUGCAGUUGCCAAUCUGUAUUUUAAAGACACCACUUAAAAUCUUUCCAGAUCAUUCUUAUGUAUUAUAUGUGACAAAACUGAUGUCAUGUUUUGUUUUUGCAGAGUAGUGCAUUCAUCUUUGAGUUGACAAUAGAUUAAAUUGUAGACAAGAAGGAAAGGCCUUGAGCAGAAGCAUGUGUUUAAAUAAUUUCCUUUUGAUCCUAAUGGAACUUUUAAGAAAAGCUGCAUAUUUAAUUUCACCCCUCUUAUUCUUUAGAGCUUCUUUUAUUCACGCAAGAAUUUCAUGAAGCCUUCCCAUCAAGAGUACCCACAUAGGAAUUUCCAGGAAGAAGUAGAGUUCCUUAAUGAAAUAUUUCCAAGUAAGUGAAUGUGUAUUUUUAAUGGGAUGCUUGUAAAUAAUAAACAACUGUCCAAGAGGCUUAUGCGCAGUGGGUUGUUGAAACUAGCAUGUAAACCAAUAUAAAAGCACUAUCAUGCUAAAAAUGCAGCUUUGCCUUGAUUAGAAGUGAUAGUCUGAGUUGACCAAAAGAUGUCAAGAACUGACUCUUACAUUAUCUACUCUUAUGUAGACUUUCACACCUAGUCAGAAUUAUGGUAUGAUAAAUGUAAUAGGUUUAUACAGUGCACACAGUUUGAUGGAUGUCCGAUAUUUUUAUGUGUAUCCUUGGGUGAUAAUACCCCCUUGUCUUCUGUUGACCGUAAGUUCAGAAAAAGGGUAAAAAGAAAACAGUUGCAUGGACAAAGAGCUAUGUAGUUCUAGCAAAUCUAGUAGAUUGCUUGGCAGUGAAACAUGGCUGUGUCUCUUUUGCAAUCACAUGGACAACCAAUGCCUAUAAUAAGUAGUCAGAGCUUAGGAGCUCUGUAAGAAAAGCACAGCAACAAAUCUCCAGUGCCAACUAGUAAUAUACUAAUUUUUUUAAUUAUUUUUUUUUGCUGCAAGUCAGUGAUGUGGGGUUUCAUGCAUACAUUGGAAAAUUUUCUGAUGCCACAGAGUGAUCUAAUUUAGCAUGUUUAUUUUAAUAAAUGAAAUAAAAACAUUGAAACUCAAUCUUGCCUAAUACUGGAAUAGGCAUCCUUUUUGUUGUUGUUAAUAAUGAACUUACAAAAUGGAAAUAUUUACAGGGGUUGGGGAAUCAGUUUGCAGUACUAGUUUUCUACCCCCACAUUACUGCUACAAACUGAUGUAUGGCGUGAAUUACUCUCAUGAUAUUAUGGAGACACUAAUUAGACAAUGGAAUUAAUUUUUAGCUGUACUAAACAUUAUGUUUCAAAACAAAGAUGAUAGUCCUUGUUUCUAAGCUCUAUUCCUGGUCUUGUUUGCUUUUUACAGAUGGAGCAGCUUAUUGCAUGGGUCGUAUGAACUCUGACUGCUGGUAGGUUUACUUUGAAUUAUUACUUUAUAAUCUUGAGCAGUACAAAUUUGACUUUUAUGUGCUAUAUAUUAUCUUCUCUGAUUCUCCGCCCCCUGUAAACAGGUACUUGUACACUCUGGAUUUUCCAGAGAGUCGGGUCAUCAAUCAGCCAGAUCAAACACUGGAAAUUCUGAUGAGCGAGCUCGAUCCAGUAGUUAUGGACCAGUUCUACAUGAAAGAUGGUGUUACCGCAAAUGAUGUCACUCGUGUAAGUGUGAAUUGUCUACUGUGAAUGAGAAGAACAGAGACUAAUACAGUUCCUAAUAUGUAGGACUGUCCUCACCAGCCCCUCACUUGUAAAGUCGUUAGGCAAAUCCUUUCCUGAUUGCCAGCUAAUUUGUCUGUAAAAUAGGAAUAUUACUUAAAAGGUUUUAAAUGCAGGGAGUAGAAAAGUUUUCCCACAAUGAAAACAUGUUAGGCAAGCUUUUAGUUUUAACUAAAUUUAAGCACAAGUUAUCGUAGUCACUGUAAAAAACAUUGACUUGUUUUAGGGUUGCCUAGUCAACAAUAGAACAUUCACUACAUCUCUCAUCCAUAUCUCAAUGAAGACACCAUUUGAACAGCUUAAAACACACAUAGUGAAAUGCAUGCAUCUGGAAUAGUAUUCUCAGCUACUUAACUGGCUUCUCCAGUUAAAACUAAUACGGUAAAUUAACAGCCAGACAUCUAAAGCCUUGAACUUAUUUGAGAGAGGAAGAGAGGCACCAUGGGUGAAAAGAACUGAUUCAUCAGACGUACAUUAAUCGGUUGAAGCAGUAGUCUACACCGAAGAUUAAAUAUGAGCACACAUUUUAAGAAGACUUUCUGUUUAUAUGACUAGUUUUAAUUUAUCUUUUUAAUUUUUAUGUACACUGCUUAGAAAUGUCAGCUACAUAAAUAGCUUAAAUAAACAAACACUUUCUUGGCUUUAGGUGAGUGGAAUUCGUGACCUGAUAACAGGUUCUGUCAUUGAUGCUACAAUGUUCAAUCCUUGUGGAUAUUCAAUGAAUGGGAUGAAAACAGAUGUGAGUGCCAUAUUUUUUUAUACUUUGCAAUGAGAAUUCACUUAUAAACUGAUGCCAUGUUGAGAUUUCUAACUUGGUUCCUUUAUUUUCUUCUAGGGAACUUAUUGGACUAUUCACAUCACUCCAGAACCAGAGUUCUCAUACGUUAGUUUUGAAACCAACAUAAGUCAGACAUCCUAUGAUGACUUAAUUAGGAAGGUCAUAGACAUUUUUAAGCCAGGAAAAUUUGUGACAACCCUCUUUGUUAAUCAGGUACAAACAUUUGUAUUACUUUCAGUAGGCUAGUUUUGGCAGCCAGAUAAUCCCAAAUGAUCCAGCUAUCCACAAGCAUUACAGAAGUAAUUGUAUUUGUAAUCCAGAAAAUGUUUACCUAGUCAGUCUAUUACAGCAAAACCAGUUUUGUGGCAUCUUACAGCAUUUUAUUUUUAUUAUUGCAUAAACCACAAUAAAUUGGGAAUGCCAUAAACGGCACAUAAAAGGCUACUUCCACACAAUCAACUUUACUGUUUCCACUACCAUUGCCAUUCAGUGUUCCCGUCCCCCAAUGGCCAUAGUUUUUGCAUCUUUGUUUUGUUUCUUCAGAAAACACAAAUACACUGAUUUAAAAAGAAAGAAAGAAAUGAAUAACAGGUGUAUUCCGCUUGCAAAAAGGAGACAAAAUAUGGUUUUGUAAUGUUGAUGGUCAAGAGAAACAGGACAGCAGCUACUUUAAACCACACCAAAUGUUAGAGGACCCUAACUGAUUUGAAGGCUAUAAUCCAAAGCAUGUUUUCCAGAUUCAAAUUGAACUUAUAAGUUGUAAACAUUCAUGCUUUUGCAGAGAGAACUGUAGAUUUUUAUGGGGCCACCACUUGAUUGCAGAAGAGGAAGGCCUUGAGUGUUUCAGUGUCCUCCUGUGAAAAAGAACUACUGUAUAGACUGAACAGUGUAUUGUGAUCUAAAGCUAACAUGUCUAACACCUCAAUCAUGCCUCAAUAUGUAUGCCUCAAUUGCACUAUGGCCAGGCAUCCUUUGCUCCUUCUUCGCAGCCAGGGCUCUGCUGUGGGAGGGAGCGAGCUGCGCCUCUGCUUUUGCCGUACCGUGAGUUCCAGAGCACACUUCUCUUGCUUUGCUCUGCUAAGGAAGCUGCUCUCGGCUGGGUGGCCCUUGCUGGGUGCUGCAGGGCCACACUCGUGUGAUGGAGAGAGGGUGCAGCGGUCCCCCUUGGGAGCAAAGGAAAGUGGGGCAUGGGGGUGCCAAUGUUUCACAUUCAGGACAAGGCUGGAUAAAAGGAGAGCGCCUUUCCUUCCUCCUCCAUACAGACCGGCCUGUGGCUUAAUCAGCUGUAGUCUCCGUUUGGGCAAUACGUGGAAGAAGGCGAUGGGUGGAAGAAGGCGAUUGAAUCGACCGUGAAUCCGUGCUAAGGAAAGAGAGGGUGUUUUCCUGGCCACCAACAACGCCUUACCCCUCGCCCCUAAAGCGAAGAAGUUGAAGAAUGACAAUGGGAGUGUGUGGUAGAUCACUGCCCGUUUUAUUUACUGGAUAGUAGAUCACAGCCUACUUGAAGUUGGACAUGCCUGAUCUAAGGGAAAGGAUAGGGGAAGUAAGCUAUUCUUCAAGCAAGCCUUUGAAGACUAAACAAUACAAUACAUUUUACUGGAUUGCAUUUUCAUUUGUGUUAUGCAAAUAGUCUAGAAUAAAAGAUCCAAUCAUAGAAGAUUUAGCACAUCAAGAUAAACUAAGAGAUAAAAUUAUGUAAUGAACUAGCCAUUCCUAGUUUGUUGAUCCCUAGUCCUAAAUAUCAUCUACAUAUGAAUUCCAACUUAAUAUCUUUACAUUAUUAAUUUGCUUACUAAUUCAUUAGUUGCAAGUAAAUCAUUCCCUUUUUAACUUACCUCAUCUUCCUGCUUUUGUGCAUAAUAAAUCUCUUUGGAGUUACAACAGCCAAGGGAUUGUAAAAUGUCUGCCCCCUUCAAACUCAUGCGCACACAUUUUCUCUGUACUUACAAUAAAUUAUGCCUACUCAAAAGGUGUGUCAUGUCACCCAACUCUUAAAUGGAGCUCUGGCCCAUUAUAGUUUAUGCCAUAAUUUAUUUUUUAAGGUGGCACAAGGCUCUUGGUGAAGGGACGCGGGUGGCGCUGUGGGUUAAACCACAGAGCCUAGGACUUGCCAAUCAGAAGGUCGGCGGUUCGAAUCCCAGUGACAGGGUGAGCUCCUGUUGCGCGGUCCCAGCUCCUGCGAACCUAGCAGUUUGAAAGCACGUCAAAGUGCAAGUAGAUAGAUAGGUACCGCUCCGACGGAAAGGUAAAUGGCAUUUCCGUGCGUUCCUCUGGUUCGCCAGAAGCGGCUUAGUCAUGCUGGCCACAUGGCCCGGAAGCUGUAAGUCGGCUCCCUUGGCCAAUAAAGUGAGAUGAGCGCUGCAACCCCAGUGUCGGUCACGACUGGACCUAAUGGUCAGGGGUCCCUUUACCUUUACCUAAGGCUCUUGGUUACAACAUACAAAUGUGGUUACCCCUCUUAAUUUGUUAGUAUUGAAUAUUCUACCAUCAAGAUUCGUGUAUCUGAAGAAUAUCUUUUUCUUUUUCUAUUAGAGUUCAAAAUGUCGCACAGUGUUUUCUUCAGCCCAGAAGAUUGAAGGUUUUAAGCGCCUAGAUCGCCAGAUUGCUCAGUUUAAUGACUACAACUUCGUGUUUACCAGUUUUGCCAAGAAUAAACAGCAGAGUUGA